GUCAUGGGGUGCCGUGUCGCCAACAUCUUCCGUAUCUACAUCAUCCUAGUCUCGCUGAUGUGGAACGGGGUCGAGGCCGUCCACAUGUACAUGACCCUCGUCAAGGUCUUUACCGCCCACGCUUCGUACUUCGUUCUCAAGGCCGGCCUGGUGGCUUGGGGUAUACCACUAUUCGUCGUGCUCAUAGCAGCUGCAGUCAACAUUGAAAUCUACGACGGGGUCCUCAUCAAUUGUACAUUCAGCUGUCGUUUGAGUACCGUCGCGUUCUACGGUCUUUUCCUAACCCCGAUGCUCAUCAUCGUCCUCUUCAACAGCAUCGUAUUUGGGCUCGUUCUCCGGGUUAUCAGAAAAAUAUAUAAAACAGGUAAUCUAUGA